UUGGCCACAUAAGCUCAUGUUACAUUCAACUGACUCAUCUUACUCCUUUCUCACGCUUCUACAUUGAUUGACAUACCCAUGUAUUCUGCUGUGUGUUGUGCUUUUUGAGAAAAAACAAACAAACAAGGCAAGAAGCUAUGGUCUUGUGUCAGGCACAACCAUACCCAUGUAUUCUGCUACUUCCUCAUCCUUCAACUCCAACCCUCAUGCACUUCUCUGUUACUAACAGGAGGUUUCUGCCCUGCUACUUAAACAGAAUCAAAUGUUCAUCAUUUCAUGUGCAUUCUCGUAAAAUACCCAGUGAAGGGAGAAGGCACAAUUCAGAAGAUAAAUUAAAAUCCCACAAAGAUAAUGGAGCUUCUCCGGCUUUAAAGACUAAAAGGAUGAUCCAAUCUAUGACAUUGUAUUUCAUACUAAGAGUGGCAAAAGUGAAACUUUUGGAUCAGAUCAUCAAAGUUAUCCAAGCAACUAUACCAACUGUGUUUCAGAUGACGACUCGAUUGCCCCUUGCUUGCGUUUCUAAUUCCCUGAAUAAACCUAGUCCUCUUCCUUCUUUCAGUUAUAUUAGAUGGAGUUUAUCAAGGCUCUUGUACUUAUUUAACAUCCGACUUGAAAAAAAUGUUGCAAUAUUCUUUGUGGUGCUGCUUGUAGCAUGUGUCUUAUUUACUGUCAUUGGUGGUUUCCUGUUCUUCAAGUUCAGGAAUGGUAAACAAUCUCUAGAGGACUGUCUCUGGGAUGCUUGGGCAUGCCUUUGUGAUUCAUCUACUCAUUUACAUAUUCAGUUAACAAGCAAGGAGCGGUUUAUUGGCUUUGUUCUUGCAAUGUGGGGAAUAUUAUUGUACUCUCGCCUCCUAAGUAUUAUGACAGAAGAAUUCAGGAACAAUAUGGAAAAACUCAGAGAGGGGGCUCAGAUGCAAGUGCAGGAGACUGAUCAUAUCAUAAUUUGUGGGAUGAAUAGUCAUUUGCCAUUCAUAUUAAAGCAGUUAAAUAAGUAUCAUGCAUUCGCAGUUCUGUUAGGCACGGCGACAACGAGGAGGCAGAGAAUUCUCCUUAUGGCUGAUCUUCCAAGAAAAAAGAUCGACAAAAUAGCUGUCAGUAUUACUAAAGAUUUGCGCCACAUUGAUAUCCUUUCAAAAAGUUGCAGCCUAAGCUUAACGGAAUCAUUUGAGAGGGCAGCAGCAAACAAGGCACGCGCAAUAAUUAUACUGCCAUCGAAAGGGGACCGGUAUGAAGUUGACACAGAUACAUUUCUGUCGGUUUUAGCCUUACAACCAAUUCCAAACAUGGAUUCUGUCCCCACCAUAGUUGAGGUUUCGAGCUCCAUCAGCAGCGAGCUUUUAAAGUCAAUCUCUGGACUAAAAGUGGCGCCAGUGGAAAAUGUUGCAUCCAAAUUAUUUGUUCAGUGCUCGCGACAGAAAGACCUCAUAAAGAUCUACAGACACUUGCUAAACUAUCAAAAGAAUGUGUUUAAUCUUUGCAGCUUGCCUAAUCUCGAAGGAAUAACUUACUCGCAGCUUAGACAUGGAUUUCAGGAGGCUGUUGUGUGUGGUCUAUGCCGGAACGGAAGAAUAUACUUCCACCCUAAUGACGACGAGAUUAUGCAAAAAAAUGAUAAAGUACUACUCAUCGGAUCACUUCAGAAUACUAAAGAUAAGAUGGAAGGCACCGAUAAAAUUCAAAGUCUUCAAGUUCCUGAAAAGAUGGAAUUGAGUGAAACAAGACUUGCUAAUGUUGUGAAGCGUCCGAAAAAAUCAGGUUCCAAGGCAUCAGACACGAAUCAAGGACCAAGAGAGUGCAUUCUUUUACUUGGGUGGCGACCAAAUGUCAUAGAUAUGAUUCAAGAAUAUGAUAAUUAUCUUGGUCCUGGAAGUGUUUUGGAAAUAUUAUCAGAUACGUCAUUAGAGGAGAGGGUUGGUCACAACAAACUACUCAAGAAUGUCCGUGUUUCUCAUAGGAUUGGAAAUCCUAUGGACUACGAGACUUUAAAGGAAACCAUAUUGAAUAUCCAGAGUUCUAUGAAAGAUGAAGAUAUUCCUCUAUCAAUUGCUGUAAUAUUUGACAGAGAAUGGCUUUUUGGAGAUGCAUCCAUGACAGAGCAGAAAUCUGUUUAUUCUAUCCUACUUGCUGAAAAUAUCUGCAACAAAUUUGGGGUUAAGGUCCAAAAUCUAGUUGCAGAGAUUGUGGAUUCAAAAUUGGGAAAACAAAUGAGUAGAAUCAAGCCAUCAGUGACGUACAUAGCAGGGGAGGAACUAAUGAGCCUUGUAACAGCUCAAGUGGCUGAGAACAGUGAAUUGAAUGAGGUUUGGAAAGAUAUUCUCGAUGCAGAGGGGGACGAAAUAUAUGUAAAGGACAUUGGGCUUUACAUGAGGGAAGGAGAGAACCCAACAUUUUGGGAGCUGUCUGAGAGAGCAUAUUUACGGAGAGAAGUAGCCAUAGGUUAUGUGAAAAACAACAAGAAGGUAAUGAACCCAAUUCCAAAGUCAGAACCCCUCUCUCUUGAAUUGAUGGACUCCUUAAUAGUCAUAUCUGAACUUGAAGGAGAACAUGUUCAGCACCCUACGCCUUAACCCUCAGUCUUUAAUCACAGUUUUUUUUAAGAAUUUAUUAUUAUUUUUUAUUUUGUUGCCCUUCCAUUAUCAGAUAAUUAAAAGAAUAGAAUUAGAAGAUGUAACCAUUUUUUUCACGCAAAGAUGACAUUGAUCAAAAGUCCUCUAAUUUUAACAUAUGAAUGAAGUUAGUUA